AUGCCGGCCUCACCUCUGAACGAGGCAGCUUUGGCAGUCACCAAUACCGAUCAAGCCAAAUCUUCUUCAAUUACCAUGAGCUCAACCAAUAUCUCGAACGUCUCUACUAUGAGCUCAACCAAGAUCUCGAACGUCCCUACCAUCACCCUAAAGCCUACUUCUCUCUACUUCAAGCUUCCUAUCGAGAUCUUUGUCAUGAUCGCUUUGCUUUGCGACGCUGAAGAUCUUGCUUCCCUUCGUCUCGUUUGCAAACACUUCUGCGUCUACACCACAGAGAAGUUCGGCCAAAUCCGUCUCUCCAGCCUCCGUCAUCACCUCACCAAGCCAAGCCUCGAAGAUUUGAUCGCAAUCACCGCUCACCAUUGCUUCGGAUCUUAUGUCAAGUCUAUCGAGCUCGCAACCGCUCGUUUGAACUAUGUCUUGCGCUGGAGAAUUCUCCAGGAGGAGGACGAUGAGGAGGAUGGAGAAUUUCAUGCUUCCAGAGAACACAUCGUCAUGCUCACCAAAGCCCUCGAAAACCUCAAGACCCACGGCAACCAAGACGUCACCCUUGGAGCAUUUGAUCAAUGCACGACCAGUCCCUCUCCAAAUGACGCAGACUUUGAGAUCAUCAACAAGGGUCAUGGAUACGAGGCAUCGUAUGGGUCUGCCAUUCUCACAUCCUCAGACGCUUAUGGUACGAUGCAAGCUCUCGCCAAGGCAACAGAACUCAGCAAGUUCCCUUUCAAACACAUCUCCAUCCAUCUGAACCCAAACUCCAAUACUCGCAGAGAGCUCAUAGAGAACAACAACUCGACCAUGUUUGAGCUGGGCUCGGACAGCUUCAAGCCAGAUCUCGUUAUCAAUGUGGUCAUGCACGAUCCCUACACAGUCAAGGGACAAAUGUUCGCCAUCCGCUUUGAGACUGGUUCGAAUGCCCAAGUACUGAUCGAGGGCCGCAAUUGGUCAGACUACAAGUCGGGAGGGUACUCUGCUUCAAAUCUUUACAGUUGUGUCAUGAGUGUUGGCGGGGUUCUUCAACACAACAAAUUCAAGCACCUCACCAUCCAAAACAUGACAUUUGAGUUACCUCAACUCAUGAGUUUCCUCGCUAUCAUUCACGGCCAGGAGUUCCAAUACCUAAAGAUCUCGCACCUCACCAUAUGGGACAGGGCUAUGACUCCGGACGAUGGCGAUUUGGGCAUCCAUUUCCUUCACCAAUUCAAGAGGCGGCUGAGCAUCGUAACACUGGACAUCUCAAAUCUCAAUCUCAUCAGCGGAGAGCCUGCCAAUUUGAAGGGACGCAGGUUUGCCAGAGAGCGUAUCACCGCCCAAGGCGUGGACAAGGUUCAGCAAGCUUUCGCUGAUCUGAUGUCGAUCGUCCAGUCCUGGUACCACAGUUGUCGCGCAAAGACAGUCAAGGACGAGAACGACCCCGAGGAUGAUGAGGACGUUGAGGAUGAUGAGGACGUUGAGGAUGAUGCUUGGCUUGGACAUUGAGUAGGCAGUGCUUGCUAUUACUCUAAAGGAUGAUUUAAUGGCGAGAUCUGGAGUCUCGAACAUAUGCCAAUCACUCAUGGAAAGGAGGUUUUGAGGAUCUGGG